UCAUAUGGAUCUUGACAAUUGGGUCAGAUGACCCAUUAGUCCAUUACCAUAUCUAUGAGCGAUGGUUGUGUACUUCUGUUGAGGGUUUUCCCCAAAAUCCAUCAACUCAUUCUUUUGGUGUGUGUGAUGAAAACAUCACUCAACCUAUUCAUUUGUAGUUAAGCGAGUGGGUCGUAUUGCUAAUGUUGGAUGGUUGGUGGGUUUGACGAUUUGGUCAGUUAUAAAAUAAAGUAACUAUGAGUCAUAAAUAUUUAUAAUAAGCUUAUCGAAUAUAAUAAUAAAUUAAAAAUUCAAGAGAAUUAAUAAUCAUUUUUGGUAUGAGAAAUUCAAUAAUCUUUAAGAAUAUGUAUUGUAUUUUUUAAAUAAUUAGUUUAUAAUUUAUGUAAUAAGUUAAGCAAAUUUAUAAUAAUUAAUUAUCAUUUCCAUCAUGAUUAAUAUUUUGGGAUUAUAAUAUAUGUACAUUAUCAUAUAAUAUAUAUUAAUAACAUGAUAAAUCAUGUGCUUUGGCAGGCCAAUGACGGGACAGGUUACGGUGAUUACUACAAAGUAUUAAUCCCCGUGAUUACUAAGGGUAAAUUGGGUAUGAAAAAUAAAUUAUAUUAAUUAAUUUUUUUAAUAAAUUAAAUUUUAGGUAAUUACAAGAAUCUAUUAAUUAAAAUUCUCUCUCUUUCUCUCACUUCCAUAAUCUUCAGCCAGAUCCCUUUUCCUUAUUUUUCUCAAUCUUUCUGCAAAAGAAAAAAAACACGAAAUCACUACCAAUCCAUUAGACAAUCACUACCACUUUGAAAAAUAUCAAUACCAUUGCAGAAAUAAAUAUAUACAAUUACACGAAAACUACUAAUAUAAACAAUCUACCAAUAUAAAUCUAUAUCAUUUCACAAAAAAUCAAUACCAUUGCAGAUUGAAUCAAUACCAAUACAUGCAAAUUAAUAUCAUUACAUGAUAAUUAAUACCAAUGAGACAAAAACAAUACCAAUGCGAAAAAAUACUUCCACUACGAAAAAAUCACUACCAAUGCGGAAAAAAUCAGAUCUAGGGUUUUUAUUCAUCCCACAUUUUCCAGCCGCCUGUAUGAGAGAGAGAGAUUGCGAAGGGAUUGCGUGAAACCCUAAGUGCAUCGCCUCUCACCUGCUCCGUCGCGUUCGUCACAGACAGUCAUGCUCGGCCUCCACAUCAGGAACGGGCGACGCCAGUUUGAUGGGGUGGAGAGGUGGAGUGGGUAUAAAAGGAAAGAAGGGGGAGCAUGACCGGAGGGAAAAGGGACGCCGACGGGGUGUGGGGUUGGGGUGGUCGGAGGGAGGGACGCUGGCCGUGGGGUGGGGGUGGGAUGGGCUGAAGGAGGGAGGAGUGACGCCGACGGGGGUGGGGGAGAGAGGGAAGUCAGCGAGGUUGGGGGGGGGGGGGGAGAAGGGAGAGACGACGGCUAGGUAGAUAGGUUGUAUUAGGGUUUGGAUAUAAUAUAUAGAGUAAUCAGGUGUGGUAUGUUUUUCAUUUCCUAAAUUACCCUUAAUCUAAUCUUAAUCGUUAAUUUAAAAAUAUAAUAAAAUAAAGAUAAUGAAUGGUAUAGAUGUUGGUAGCCACCAUGGUUACUCAAAAUUGAGUAACCACCCUAACCUAUUCCGGCCAAUGACCCAUCCGUCACCGCCCAAAUUUUAUGGGCCACAAAGAAAAUGACACCCACCCACCCAACACGUGUAUAGAGUGGGUUAUGAUCGGGUUAAUUCAAGUGGGUGUAACUCUAGGCCAACUCACUACCCAUCCCUACCCUGUCCCUAAAAUUUCUCACAAAUUUAACCUCCUUCUCCGACCAGUCUUCCUAUCUACAGCCUAAAUCCAUUACCCUUUCUCAAUUUCUCUUUAAUCCAUUAUCACUAAGAAGGUUGACAUCAAGCUUCUUCUCCCAGAUCAGACUUCUCUUUACCGUCGAACUCAUCUCACAAAAAGUAUAAACUUCUGAAGCCAAACAACUUAGACAACUUUGAUAAAUAAUAAAACAAUGAACAAUGUGCAUCCAUAUGACGGAGAUUCGUUAUUUUAUCGGGAAAACGACACCUAUGUACUUGAGAUCUAGAGAGUAAAGAUGGAAAGACAAACAAAUUCUCUAUUACAAUUUACAUUGUAUUUUUCUAUUACUCAUCAACAUUGUCUAUUAAAAUGGUAAUAGACCUCGAUGACAUUGUAUAUCUCGAUGACAUUGUAUAUCUGAAUGAGCGGUCGAAAUAUGGUAAUUUAAUAUGCCUAUAAAAUAUCUUAUUCUUUACAGGUAUGUGAAUCAACUAAAUUAUAUACUUGGGAUCGGCUAAAAGAAGUUGAUUGGAAAAGGAUGGUUAAUUUUACCGUUGAUAUGAAUUGUUAGGGUUAAAUAUGAGGACUAAAAGAAUUUAAUGUUGGGAACUUUGAGAAUUUCGGGGUCAGAGGGAAAGAUGAAGACGAGAGAGUACUAGGUUAUGAAGGUCAGUUUGGACAUUGUCAUAGUUUUCAUAGAUAUUCGAGCAUAAUUAUAUUGAUUUGAGAGAAAUUUUGAAGGUACAUAGUAAAGGUUUUCAUUUAAUGGUCAUGCCGCCAUAGAGAUUUGAUGUUAUCAAGUUCGACAUUGUUUUAGUUUCUUACUAAUGAUUUGUGAUGGGUCAACACAAUGAUUAUGCAUAUGUCAUGGGAAGAAAAAAUCAUGCUAUUAUUUCUAAACAUUUUGCAUAGAUAAGACCUUUACGAAGAUAGUUAAAUUAAAGUGCAUCAAUAUAUUAGGUACAUAUAUAUGUUGUUUGACAUGUUUUCAAUAACAUUGUAUAAACUUUACCAAUUAAAUAUUUUGAGUACUUUCAUAAGUUAUUGAUGGUCAGCUUACCAAUCACAUAUGUAAUAUGUUCGUUAAAGUCGAGCAUAAUUAUAUAUACAAGCUUAUAAAGGUCUUCCGGCCAAGAGGUCUGGCCCUCUGCUAGUUAGAAAUAAUAAUGAUUACCAGAUACUGGAGUGGAGCGAGCAAUCGUAGGAAGCAGGAGGCAGUUUGGUUGGCUCUAGCCUCUAGGUAAAGAAAAGUUGAAGAACAGUAAGAGUCAGGAAAGCGACUGCGGCGUCAGAGCUACUGAGCUAGGAAGAAAAAGUAGAUUAUUAGGGUUGUUUGUGUAAGUCUGCGUUGGCUUCAAUAAUAGUAAUGAUUUUUUUUUUAUUCAUCAAAUUUUAAUGCCCAAAGGAACAGACCGUUGAAUCAAUAAACCCGUCCCGGUUCUGCGGUUUCAUCAUGGGAUCGCUAAAAUGCGUUCGGCCCAACAAUGGCCGCUCAAGUAGAGAGACCGGACCGCUAGUGUUGGCGGUUGGCGGUUUUACCGGUCCGGUUCACCGGUCCGGUCCGGCUCUUACAACAAGGAUAAUUGUAUUCUAAUCUCGAUUAUUGGACUUACAUUGCCUGGUGGGCCUAGUGUACACGCGGCCUCAGUCGAACGGCCCUACUGGUAGGGUUGGGCCCGGAGAGGGAGGGCACGGGGGCCGAUAGUUAUGUGGCCCAAGAGCUUAGGCGACAAGCAACCAGAAGGGCCCAGCUGCAUCGCUAGCGUGACUUCUGAGCCUUGUAUGUGAAGCUAAUAGGCGCUACUACAGUGUCACACUUGUGUCAUCACUGGAAGAACACAUCCAGACAAGAGACAACGAGAGGUUGGUUGUCCAUCGUUCGUUAUCAAACUCUGUCACGAGUUCUACUUGGCCUGUAUUCAGAUUUUAGUUAAAUACUUAAUACACAUCGGGACAUGGUUCAAUAAUGUGCGGUGCGAGAGAGAGGCGACUUCAUAGACAUGGAAGAUAUGUGACGGAUUCAGAACUUUGAAUAUUAAAAGGGUGAGGUGUGAGCGGUUAAUCCGAGGUUCAAUAUCAAUCCAUUCGUAAAUAAUGUGAGUCGUAGUCUGUGGAUAAGAGAGAUGUCGGUGGAUUGCGAAUUGAUAAAUCUUCUAUCUGCAUUUAGUCGGGUGGAUGGUGGGUGGAUUGUCGGACAUCUGAAUGACUCGCUUCAUAUUAUGAUAGAGUCGUGAACAACGUUCACUUUCCGAAAAGAAUAUUUCCACCCUCAACAAGCCUAUGGUUAAAGGAAAUUUCUCUCGAGGAUAAAACUAUCACCACUUUAGGUUCCAUGCUCAAGAACACUAAAGCAUACUUAUAAAUUUUUGGAAGAAAGAAGAAGAAUUUGUUUGAUGGUAUGUGGCAUCAUCCACCCCACACAUAUUUAUAGAGGCCGAAUCCAUGCAUUGUUUCAUGAAAGGUUGCCUUUAUCCAUAUGAAAGGUUGUCUCUAUCCAUAUGAAAGGUUAUCCUUACCCAUAUGAAGGGUUGCCUUUAUCCAUAAGGUUAUCAUUAUCCAUAAAAUAAUGCAACCGCCACUAGGCCAAAGGGAUGUGUCCCUUCACGAAAUUAGAAUAUUGGUUCGGUCGGUCUAAUCCCAAACCGGUUGGUCGGUCCAACCCAAAACUGGUUUGACUUGGUUAGUCCGGUUCACUAAAUUUCCAACAAUAUUUCCUAACUGCACUACACAGUGACCAUCAACUUGUAAAGAGGUUAAUAUAGAAUUUUUGAACUGCUAUUGUUGGUUACUAUGUUAGGUAAUGUCCAUUAGAUAUUGGGAUGCAUAUUAUGAACUAUUAAUUGUAUCAAAGUCUAAAAAUGUUUCAAUUUUAUCUACACAAUUGGUUGAACGAGUAAUGAAAAUUUUGAUGCAAAUACUACACAGAUCCACAGGAGACAAAGUGGGAAGUGUCUAAAUUGCAAGACUCUUACCAAUUUACGAGGAACUUAUUCUAAUUUUAGUAAACUUUUUUAAUGGCUAGUUGGAGAACUACUUUUACGGGUUAAUCCAUCUGUCAUUCUAACAAACUCGUUAGAAAGCGAGUGGGUCAAUUUAAAACCAAAAUCCACCUAACCCGUUCUUGUCCAACCCUACUUAAUAUUAUAAUUGCUACGUCGAUCUUUUAGAAGUCAGAAUUUAUAGAGAUGAACAACAAACUAAAAGAAAAGUGAGCUAUUUCUAACAAUUUAAGAGGCUCUAUUCACUGCGUCUUCGUACCAACUCUGUUAUGGUGCUCACAUGCAUUUGACAUUGUUGCAUUUGGAGCUGGAGAUCCAUUAUCGUUAGAUGGAUUUCGUCAAAAUUGUCAUCAAAUGUAUCCAAUGAUUGAUGAUUGUCUGCACCCAAUUCAACAACACUAGCGUCUAUGAGCACAAUCUCACAUUUAACUUAGAUUAGGUUUGCUUAACCAGACCAUUAAGUAUGAAAAAACAAAAAUCAAAUCAUGCAAAUUCCCAAAAAUCAAAUCCAUAAUUUUGGGAAGUCCAAAUAUGUAGUAAGAAAAGACAACGAGAAACAUGACGAUAGCAAAGAUGUUUACUAGAGAUAAGUUGGUGACAAUGUGUUUUGUUGAUAGGUAUUGACUUAAUUACGGGGUUUAUCGGUUCCUUAUUAAUUUUAGGUUUUAACUGAAAUCAAAACCAUUAGGAUGUUCAACGCUUUAACCCAUUAAUCUUUUUAUCAAUUUAAUUUAAGUUAAACUCGGAAAAACCAAAUCCACUUAACAACCCUAAUAUAACUUGUGAGGAGGAUACCAAAAUCCAUUUUUCGUACAACAAACAAAUAUUUUGCUUUUCAACGGCCAGAAAAGUGAGUAGGUGGAUGCCAUGCAUCAAAACUUAUUAUUGUUCAUUCAAAAAAAAAAAAAAAGUUGUUAUUGUCAAUAAAGUUUGAAAGGGAUAGCACUUUGCAUUUGGAGAUAGGGAAGAGGCAAGGAAAUAGUCAUGGUCAAUUCGCCGGUUACUCAUUGGUGGCCCGGCCGGCAGUAUUAUGACUGGUCUGGAAAUCCUUACUCCAUCCCUGAAAUCAAUAAUUUAGAAAAUGUAUGAAGAAAUUGAUUUGGAAUUAAACAACAUGCACCAUAAGUGAUUUAAAGAGGUCUAUAGUUUCACCAUCAACUGUAAGCAUACAUGUUUAUCUUCUUUUGUUAAAGUCAAGCGUGUAUGGUGGAAACUUGGAUUAUAUUUUGGUUUUUAGUAUUAAUUCCUUUAGAGCUAAAAUAUACUCACGUGAUUAACGGAGUUAAUCCCAUAAGAACAGCCCCACCUCUAUGUCAACCAAGUUAUGGAAAAUAUGGAUAUAUACAAAAAUUUGGAUUGUCAUAAUACUUCAAUUUCUUGCAUAGUUAAGUUUUUCAUGUUGUGCGACAUGGUAUAACAAAAGAAGUUUGCUUUAAUUUUUGUAUAAACUUUGAAUCAAUCUUAUGGUGGUGUGUUAAAAUAUCAUUACAUAGUGCGUAGAAUGUCUAUGAUGGAACUGUGUACUGCAACUAAUACCUACAUUUGUACAUGAUAAUUGUAGACAAUAAAUAUAUUUUAUGUUUCUCUUAGAAUAUGAAAACAUCCUGUGGUUAUUUUGAAAAUGAUAAUUGUAAUUAAUUGAUUCUUUCUUUUUUCUAUGAAUGAAUUAUUUAAAUGCACUAUUAUUUAACUAUAUAAUAUUAUAUUUAUUUUCUAAAAUUUCACCCUUAAUUCCAACUCUUCGAUUUACUAAUAAUACCGUAACAUAAUCCUCUCCGUGAGUCAAACCAUGCCUGAAUGACACAAAUAUUUAACAAUUCUCUUCAUGAGCCAUAUGGGUAUUUAUUUAAUGUAAUUUUAUGUAGUCCUCUAAAUUCCACUAAAAAGUUUAAACCAAAAAAAUAAUUAUCAGCCCAGCUAGCCGUGAGGCUUGCCUUCCUGGCUCCCUCCUCCACAUUCACACGACACACUUUUUCAAGGAUCAUUAAAAGCAAAAUCUGGGCAGAUUUUCUUUUCCAUAUGGACGUAUCAUCGCCAUCUUUCCCACUCAACUAGACUAUUAUAUGUUAAUGACUGAAAACUUGUACAACGUGUUUUUCAUUAUAAAAAUAUUUUUAAAAG